GGAAGGAGGGUUACGGUAACUGGGACAGCGUGGAGGAUGGUAAACCAGACUGAAGGUUAUGUUUCAGAGCUAAUAACUCGCUCCGUAACCGCUUGCCUGCUUUUUAUUUUGGUGCUCACCACCUUCGUAGGGAAUGCUCUGGUGUGCACUGCUGUGGUGCGGUUUCGUCAUCUUCGCUGCAAAAUGGCAUAUGUGUUUGUAGUGUCUUUGGCUGUCUCUGAUCUCUUAGUUGCCUCUCUUGUAAUGCCAUGGAAGGCAGUAACAGAGAUUGCGGGUUUCUGGCCGUUUGGCCAUUUCUGUGAAGUAUGGAUAGCCUUUGACAUUAUGUGCUCCACAGCUUCCAUACUCAACCUGUGCAUCAUAAGCGUGGAUCGCUACUGGGCUAUUUCCAGUCCUUUAAGCUAUGAGCAGAGAAUGACAAGGAGAGUGGCAUUUGUCAUGGCUGGAGUGGCAUGGACUCUUUCGGUUCUGAUCUCAUUCAUUCCUGUGCAGCUAAAUUGGCAUAAAACUCUGGGCCAUGAAGGAGACCUUGGGGAAACGGCUUACAAAUGUGAUGCCAGUUUAAACCGCACGUAUGCCAUCACCUCAUCUCUUAUCAGCUUUUACAUUCCCGUUACAGUAAUGAUUGUAACUUACUCUCGCAUCUUCAUCAUAGCACAGAGGCAGAUCCGAAGGAUAUCCGUGCAGGAGUGCGCCAUCAAGCAUGUUCAGUCUUGCCAAGGCUGCAACAAAGCACCUGACGAUAAAUUGAAAAGCUCAUUUAGGAGGGAAACCAAAGUCUUGAAAACUCUAUCGAUUAUCAUGGGUGUGUUCGUCUGCUGUUGGCUCCCUUUCUUUAUCCUGAACUGCAUGGUGCCUUUUUGUGACUCCGGCUUUCACGAUGCUGGACAGAUCCCAUGUGUCGAUAAGACCACAUUUAAUGUGUUUGUAUGGUGUGGAUGGGCUAACUCUACCUUGAAUCCCGUGGUUUAUGCUUUUAACGCAGAAUUCCGCAAAGCGUUCUCCAGCCUCCUGGGAUGUGGGAAGAUUUGCUCUCAGAAUAGUGUCCAGACGAUUGACUUCACCAACGAGCUGGUGUCGUAUCAUCGGGACUCCACGAACCUUCGAGAUGCUCACCUCUUCGGUCACCCCUGCCUGCUUCCACACACUAUCAGGGAGGAAAGUGAGAGAGACGUGUGCUUUGAUACUGUGUCACAGAUAGCUGAAGUCCCUUUUGAGAUGGAAUGUAACUUUAUAUAUGGGGAAGGGCCUCCAAUGCUGGAUCAUGGAGAGGCAGAACUAUCUUUGGAUAAAGUCAUAACAUUUGCACGAGAUGACCUUGGACAUGAGAUUCAUGAUGAAGGAGCAUUAACCUGUAUCACGGGAAUACUGUAAUUCGUAAAAGUGUUGUCGUGCAUUAGGGAAAGAUAAUACUGUCAUGGUGUAUUUACUAAAGGGGUGGAUAACAUGCGGCCAUUUAAAUUGAGAGACUUAAAUGUCAUUGUCAGCGUGAUUAUUGUUCAGGUAUGUCAUCACCUCCUAUAGGAGGUUAAUAUUUUAGAUCUCAUAUCUCAUAAUAUAGAAUACUAUUACUGUUUUUUUAUGUCCGAAUAAAUGCUGGUCUAAUUGUAGUUUACUUACUAAGAACAGUGUUACUUCAGAGUAACAGAGCCAAUCAUUUCUAUUAGUCAAAGCUAACCUGUUUCUCAGGGUGUUUUUAUGUCCAGCAAUAUCAAGUAUAUCAGAUUUUUUUUAAAUAAGCAGAGCAUUAGACCGAUGCUUAGAUUGUUAAAUGUUAACUUUGUUUGGCUCCAACAGUAUGACAGAAAUGUCACAUUGUGAACAAAGAAAGCAUCUUUUAAGUGAAUGUUGAGUUCAAAGUGUGGUUCGUUUCUUGAGAGAAUUCGCUUAAACUUAAAGUUACGUGAAACUUAAAUUUAAUUUUGACCCCUGAAAAGAAAUGGGCAAAAUUUCCCCCCAAAAAUGUCAUUAGUUAGUCUACUUUUUUGUACUGUAUCUGUAUUACGUUUCAGUUAAUGCCACUAAGCAUAGUAUUAGUUUACACAGAGGUGUAAGAACUGUUUUCACUGAAUGAA